AAGAUGAACAUGCCCGCAGCAGUUUAAAAGUUUGCUUAUCGAAUGUACUUAUUUAAUUGAUCGUAUACCAAACAGGGUAUAUCAUGUAAAUCGAUCGCCUCCAUUAUACUUAACUACCUUCCUGGUUUGCAAUACGAAGAAAUAACAACAUAAUAGUUGUUAGUUUUAAGGAUUUUGGAAGGAAAUGGCGCCAUUUCAAGAAACAAGUCGACAGAUUUCUGGUCCGGAAAGCGAGGUAAUACAAUGGGCAAGAGAUCAUAUAGCAUCUUUCAGGCACGACAUUGAUACUAUAAAACUGCAAGCAAAAGCUAUUUUGAAGGAAGUUGAUAAAUUGUCUAAAGAACAAGGGAAUAUAGAAAGAAAAUCUAAGAAAGAAAGAAGCAAAGAGCUUCGCGGGUGUAUUGACAAGUAUCAAGAUAGUAUUUCGAGUGUGCAGAGCGCAUGUGAGAAGAUAUCUGGGAUUGUGGAUGACAAAACACCUAACGUACCUCUGGUUGACAGACGUUCAACAUAUGAUGGUAGAGGAGGCAAGAACAGGAAUUCAUCUUCAUUUGUUGAUCAGCGAGAAUGCAACCUUUGUUACAGAAAAGCAGUUGAAAUCAUGAAGCUUCAGGCAGAUCUGGAAAGCAUGAAAGACGACAUGAAAAGAAAGGAAGCUGAGUAUAAUGAAAGCCGAAGAAGAAUGCAAUACGAAAAUGAGAGGCUUCAUAGCCAACUGCUGAAAGAAGUUGAAGCAAAGGAGGAAGCCCUAAAAAGGUUAAGUUCAAUGGCUUCCAGCAAACUGCGUGACAACAACCCGAACAUCACUGACCUAAGUGACCAGAACAGACCUACUAAAAUAGCAGAACGUUUGUCAGAGUUGUACGACAAUCAGUGGACAGAUGCAUAUGAUGUAUUAGAAGGUUCUAUGCAAGAAGGACAGAUCAUACAAACGCUUCUGGGCAUAUUAAUGGUAACGUGGGGAAAAACAGAAAAAGUGUAUGAAGAAUGUUGCAAACUUUCGAGUGUAAAUUUCUACGAGAGGAUCCAAAACUGCAUUGAGUCUCCACUUGAGCCGAGGAGCAAACAACCUACGACAGUGAUCUUAUCUGAACAGUUAAAACAACAAAUUAAAGAAUUUCGUAAGACCCGAGCUGCAUUUGUUAUCAAAGACAUAGAAAGGGUAAUUAAACCAAAACUUCAGGAAGUUACAACAAGAAUUCAAAUACCUAAAAGUCAUUUAAAUGUGAUACAAACGUACAUAUCACACUGUGUAUGGAUCGGAUGGUACUGUGCCGUCCAGGAUCCUCCACUUGUAUUGAGUGUAUCUACGUCAAGUAAGUUUGAUACUACUUUGUUCAAAGACUACACAAGCCGUGGUCGCUACGUUCAGUUCGUAGUCUGGCCUGCUUUAUACCUACAUGAAGGCGGACCUCUGUUGUCUAAAGGUGUUGCACAAGGUUGUGACCAUCAACUAGAGAAUAAUACAGUGAUAACAACAGGCAUUGCAGACAACAAAAUACAAUUGACAAAACACCAAGCGCAAAUGAUGCAAGAACCCGUAUAUAGCCGAAAUUAUGGUACGAGUGCGAGGCAUGUCUCGACAUUCAACAUGGGUAAUACACGCCAGACACGACAGACAGGUCAAAGUUUAGAAUCGCAAUAUGUUAAUGAUCGAAGAAGAAGAGAAGGCAGUCGGAUGGCACAAACGGUACAUAGGCCACAUGCUCAUACCCAAGUCGGACACGGCCGUGCCAGAAACAAUAGCAGACAAGCUUGGGUUGUAAAUGAACGUCAGUCGACAAUGAUUUGAUUUAGAUCUUGCACAGAGGAUCUUUGAUUAAACAAUAUGAAAUUAAAAUAGUCCUUGUUACUACAUGGCAUGAACAGCUGAACUGAGAUAUCAAUGUUUAUGCUUUUAUUAUUGUAUAUGUAGAAGUGUGUAGCCUUUUGUACACUUACUGAUUUUAGUCAAAUUUUGAAAUCUAUUGAGUCGAAGAGUACUGUUGUAUAUGAGGUAGUGGUUGUUCUAAAGCCACGGACAUAUCUGCUUAAAUGAUUUUAUUUCUUUUUCACAAUUCGUGGGCGGUUGUUAUUCAAGAUAAUUAUUUGUUCCGUAAUUUAACAGUAUAUCAAAUAACACUAUUUAAUUUUCAACAGCUUUUUACAUAAUACGGUUGUGAUAUGAAAGUGCGCUUCUACCCUUUUCAUGGGUAAUAUAUCUGCAUAUGUCAACUUGAAAAUACUGUUUGUAUUUGAAUACCACAACCAAUAGAUUUUAUACCUUAAUGAACAUUACUCAGAACGUGAUUCAUAGUCUAACGUUUAUUUACAGUUUUGUUUAAUGUGUCAGGAGGCGUGUUUUUAAAGUUUACAGCCAUCAGAUUUAAUAACUUAAUGAAUAUUAUCCAACCCGUGAUUCAUAGCCAUAACAUAUACAGGUUCGCUAAAUAUGUCCUCAGGCGAGUGUUUAAAUACUACACCCAAUAGAUUUCAUACCUUUAUGAACAUUACUUAAAAUGCGAUUGAUAUCGAACAUUUACAAGUUUCUUCCCCUUUUAUUUACAUGAAUUUAUUUGAUCCAAUUUAUCCUGUGUUGCACACUUUGGAAGUUACAGACCUCCAUAAGGACCAGAUUGUCCAGUAAUGGUGAUUGUUCUAACCUCACGUUUAGUUGGGGAAAUCAGGUGAAAUGCAAAUGUAUUUCAAAUGACGACAUGACAAGUUUUAAAAAGUAUACCUAUUUGGAUGUUUAAAUGUUGGAAUUCUUUUAGAUUUGUGUAAUUAUCAUAAAUAGAGGUGUACACUUCUAUUUAAGAAAACGCUGACUGCAAUCAAGAAGGUGUGAUAACCUUAGGACGGCCAGCACAUAUUUAUGCAAUCUCGCCAGGCACAUGUAUGUUUUUGACAACACAGAAAAUGACGUCACUCGACCGUCAGCUAUUUCCGGAAGUAAAUAAAAUGAAAGUAGAAAUGCUAAACUUGAAAACGAAAGCCGCAUUUUGAUUCGUAGAUAAUCAGGGGUCACGCGCAGGGCAGGGGUCACCCCGUCUAAAUGUAUGCGCGUGGACUUUUUUUUUUUUUUUUUUUUUUUUGCUAUUGGGGAGCCAAUUUUCAGCACUUUAUUACGAAUUGAAAUUACCUGGGCUUUAGUACAGCAUGUCAGCUUUUAAUCUAUGAAAAAAUAUUUGAGCUCUGGAUAAACAGAAAUCCCACAGGGGUCCGUAACGGACGAAGGGUACAUCGAUAAUUUUGGAACUUCAUCAAAUCGCUCAAAAUCUCAUUUUUGAUGUUGUCUGAGAGUGUCAGUAUAUGCCUCAGAUGUAAGAUAUAACCGUAUUUGAGAGCUGCAGACCUAGACAUUUCAGAAAUAUUUUCAAAAUAAGUUUCGUGUAAUAAAUGUUGUUUCUACGGAAGCGUGAAAGGGCCAUCACACGCUAAUACGUUUUAGUACGUUAAGGCUGCGGAAAGGAUAUACAGAUUUCCUAAAAUGCAUUUUAGUUGAGCCAUUUUUGUCUCAAACGUCAGUUUUCGUACAGACGUGUUAAAAAAUGUCGAAAAAGCACUGAUUUUUAGAUAAAAAAUGAUUUCUCUAACAACCUUAGGACGGCCAGCACAUAUUUAUGCAAUCUCGCCAGGCACAUGUAUGUUUUUGACAACACAGAAAAUGACGUCACUCGACCUUCAGCUAUUUCCGGAAGUAAAUAAAAUGAAAGUAGAAAUGCUAAACUUGAAAACGAAAGUCGCAUUUUGAUUCGUAGAUAGUCAGGGGUCACGCGCAGGGCAGGGGUCACCCCGUCUAAAUGUAUGCGCGUGGACUUUUUUUUUUUUUUUUUUUUUGCUAUUGGGGAGCCAAUUUUCAGCACUUUAUUACGAAUUGAAAUUACCUGGGCUUUAGUACAGCAUGUCAGCUUUUAAUCUAUGAAAAAAUAUUUGAGCUCUGGAUAAACAGAAAUCCCACAGGGGUCCGUAACGGACGAAGGGUACAUCGAUAAUUUUGGAACUUCAUCAAAUCGCUCAAAAUCUCAUUUUUGAUGUUGUCUGAGAGUGUCAGUAUAUGCCUCAGAUGUAAGAUAUAACCGUAUUUGAGAGCUGCAGACCUAGACAUUUCAGAAAUAUUUUCAAAAUAAGUUUCGUGUAAUAAAUGUUGUUUCUACGGAAGCGUGAAAGGGCCAUCACACGCUAAUACGUUUUAGUACGUUAAGGCUGCGGAAAGGAUAUACAGAUUUCCUAAAAUGCAUUUUAGUUGAGCCAUUUUUGUCUCAAACGUCAGUUUUCGUACAGACGUGUUAAAAAAUGUCGAAAAAGCACUGAUUUUUAGAUAAAAAAUGAUUUCUCUAAUAACCUUAGGACGGCCAGCACAUAUUUAUGCAAUCUCGCCAGGCACAUGUAUGUUUUUGACAACACAGAAAAUGACGUCACUCGACCUUCAGCUAUUUCCGGAUGUAAAUAAAAUGAAAGUAGAAAUGCUAAACUUGAAAACGAAAGUCGCAUUUUGAUUCGUAGAUAGUCAGGGGUCACGCAAAUGUUGUUUCUACGGAAGCGUGAAAGGGCCAUCAGGCGCUAAUACGUUUUAGUUCGUUAAGGCUGCGGAAAGGAUAUAGGACAAUAGCUGGCAAAUAUAUACCGUCGCUUUAACUUAUCAGGUAAUAUAGCUAUGGAUUACAAUUCUUUAGGCUGUAAUAAGUUGUAUGUAUGAUCAUGUUUUAUAGCUUUAUAUUCCCUGUAUUUUCAAGAGACAUUGAUGUACAUAUUCAACUACAGAUAAACUGUCCAUAUAGACCAGUUAGUAUAAAACUUUAAAAAUGUACACAAGUCAAAACUACGUAUUUAAUAUUUUAAAACGACACCGAGAUCCCCGUUUCCUGAGAUGUUAGUUAUAAUGUUUAAACAUGCACUUUUAGUAUGCAUUCUAAAGUGCAGUCAGAAAUGUAACUUCGCUAGUUCGACACUUUUUACAUGUAUGAAACUUGAAAUUAGUCACUACACUUCGUUUAACUUAUUUUUUCAUUCCUGUACAGUUAUCUCAUAUAACUCCUAUCACCUGCUACUUAUUCGGAAUUAUAUUGAUAUUCUAUGUAUUGUUUGUCGGAUUUGUUAAAAAAUAAAACUUCUUACUAACCGUAUAUAAAUUCAUCUUUGAUUUCUUUACUUUUGUUUUACAAUAUGACAACAUGAAAGUAGUGUUAUUGGUACUACGGCCGCAUUUAUUUGUUGUACAGUAUUUGUUGUUACACGGCCCACAACAGGCGUUUCCGAAACACGUCGGCUAGAUUGUUCACGUCUCAGUCUAACAAAGGUGACACACAUCUCUGAACUGGCUUU